GAGGCUUUAGGGUGCUUGGUGGAGGCGGUGCCGUGCGGUGGGACUCGGGGCAGCCGAGGCUGAGGGGACCGCGGCGCGGACCAGCACAGCGACCAUGCUCCGAGCGGUAGCUCCUGGGCAGCUGCGGCGGGCGGCCUCACUGCUGCGAUUUCAGAGUACUCUGGUAAUAGCCGAGCACGCGAAUGAUUCCCUAGCACCCAUUACUUUAAACACCAUCACUGCAGCCAGGCGUCUGGGAGGUGACGUGUCCUGCUUAGUGGCUGGAACCAAAUGUGACAAGGUGGCUCAAGAUCUCUGUAAAGUGGAAGGUGUCACGAAAGUGCUGGUGGCGCAGCAUGAUGCGUACAAAGGCCUCCUCCCAGAGGAGCUGACGCCACUGAUUCUGGCAACGCAGAAGCAGUUCAAUUACACACACAUCUGUGCCGGAGCAUCUGCCUUUGGAAAGAACCUUUUACCCAGAGUGGCGGCCAAACUUGAUGUUGCCCCGGUUUCUGACAUCAUUGCCAUCAAGUCCCCCGACACGUUUGUGAGGACCAUUUACGCAGGAAAUGCUUUGUGUACGGUGAAGUGCGAUGAGAAAGUGAAGGUGUUCUCUGUCCGGGGAACGUCUUUUGAAGCUGCGGCGACAAGUGGAGGCAGUGCCAGUUCAGAAAAUGCUUCAAGUACUUCACCAGUGGGACUAUCGGAGUGGCUCGAACAGAAACUAACCAAAAGUGAUCGACCAGAGCUAACCGGUGCCAAAGUAGUGGUCUCUGGUGGUCGGGGUUUGAAGAGUGGCGAGAACUUCAAGUUGCUGUAUGACCUGGCAGAUGAACUGCACGCUGCAGUUGGUGCUUCCCGCGCUGCCGUUGAUGCUGGCUAUGUUCCCAAUGACAUGCAAGUUGGACAGACAGGAAAAAUAGUAGCACCAGAACUUUAUAUUGCUGUUGGAAUAUCUGGAGCCAUCCAACAUUUAGCUGGAAUGAAAGACAGCAAGACAAUUGUGGCUAUUAACAAAGACCCCGAAGCACCCAUAUUCCAAGUGGCCGAUUAUGGAAUAGUCGCAGACUUAUUUAAGGUAGUUCCCGAAAUGACUGAGCUGCUGAAGAAGAAAUGAAUCGUGGUCAUGGAGAGCCGUCCGAGUGUCAGCCGAAGGCACGGAAAUCCACGGGUAUCCCAUCGCGGGGGAGAGCUGCCGAUCUGAGCAGGAGGGGGCUCCGGCAGGAGCCAGAGUGCUUUUUAUGAACUAUUAUCAUGUUUCCUGUAAUUCUCUGUGGUUCCUAACAAUUAUUUUUUUGAAAUUUUCUAAUUGUCUAAUAAAAUCCCCAGUAAAGCCUAUCACAGCUUCAAAACUA